AUGACUCUCGCCACAGAAUUCGCCGAGACCACUCGUCGCUCGCUCACCCAUGCUGAAAUGAGAACCAGAGUGCUCCACUUGUACCGCAAAUACAUCAGAAACGCAAAGGAAUUUAGUGACUUGUACGAGUUGGACAUGCCAGUUUCCAACGUUAAAACCAAGAUCAGACAGGAGUUUGAGAGACAGAGAUUCGUCAACGAUUUGGCAGUUACCAACGUUCUCUACGCCAAGGGUCAAAUGGAGUUCCAAGAGUUGAUCAACUUCUGGAAGCAGCAGUGCCAUGUCUUGAGAUACUUUGAAGACCAGCACGACUACAAUGUAGUCGACAAGGAUGAUUUCGUCAAGAACUUCUUGAGAGGAAACAACUGA